CGACGUCCUCCACGACCCAAAAUAUGGCGAGCUCGCUCACGACCUUCAUCGACCUCUCCAAGCCCUCCUUGAUCGCAUGUGUCGCGUCGAUCGCGUUCAACCCGACCGCGUGGAAUAUCGUCGCGCGCAAUGAGUACAGGAACAAGACGAUAACGCGCAUAUUUGGAGGGAACGCGCGGUAUGGGUGCUACUUCCUUGCACUGUGCAUCUUCUCCGCGGGCAUGUUGCGCGACUCGCUAUACCACCGCGCAGUGCUAGAGCAGCCGCAAGUGAAGCUACUGCCAGAACCACUAGAUACGCUCAUCCCCGCCGUGCUCUUCAGCCUCGGGCAGAUCUUCGUCGUGACCUCUACUUGGGCACUCGGGGUCACUGGGACUUUCCUGGGCGACUACUUUGGGAUCCUCAUGGACCACCGCGUCGAGGGCUUCCCGUUCAACGUCCUGCGCGAUCCGAUGUACGUCGGGAGCACGAUGUCCUUCGCCGCGACCGCCCUCUGGUUCGAGCGCCCCGCUGGGCUAUUCGUCACGGCGUACGUGUACAUUGUGUACUUGAUUGCGCUUCGGUUUGAGGGCCCAUUCACGGACGCGAUAUACUCCAAGCGGGCGGCUGCGCAGGCAGAGUCUAGGAAGGAGCUCUGAACGAUCUCACGACUCACGACUUUGGGACACAGAUGGAUUUUUUGUAGACGACACUGAGGUUCAACACCCGCCACCCCUAUACACCGUAGUGUAAUUCAGUAUACUUUCAACAGCGCAUUACCCUACCUAGUCGCAUAUACAAUGACCUGUAGCCGUGUAUGCAUGUCGCUGUUCCUCAUCACGUACGCCGCCAGGGUUUGUGUAAAUGCAAAGAAUUCGGUGUCC